AUGACUAAUGCGCCAUUUUGGCUCAAGCCCCUCGGUCGCCUCUUUCCGGUCGCGCGUCCGAUGGGCUUCGACCCCGUCCUCUUGGGGCUCCGUGGCGCCACCCUGCGCGCCUCCUGCGACGGGGCCACCAUCUCCUUCCCCCUGGCUACCUGGCUCACCCUUGGUGGCUCCGUCGGCCCCAUCCCUCCCGGCCCCCCUCCCGCUCCCCAGAGCACUCCCCCGCCCCCGCGCUCCCCUACCAGCCCGGACUUCGCGCGCAGCCCUUCCCCCACCCCGCCCUCCUCCCCCCACCGCUCCAGCCCACCGGUCCAGCUCCGCUCUCGGGCGGCCUCCUCCCCCAGCGUCUCCCCCGCUCCUGCCCGGCGGCGAGGCUCCCCCAUCCCCUCGCCGCGCCGCCGCGCAACCCCGCCUCCCGCGGCGCGCCCCGCGGGUCACCCGAGCGCGGCCGGCCCCGCGAUAUCGCCGCGCCGCCGCCCCCCCCGCCAGCCCUCCCACCUCGCCCCCCGGCGUCCCGCCGCGGGGCGGCCUUCUUGGUCCGCCCCACCCCGCGUCGGUCCCCCCGGCUGCGAGGCGCCCCUCCACGCCUGCGCCACCCCUUUCAAGGCAAGCAGCCCGGUGCAGCGGGGAAGCCCGGUGCAGCGGCGGCGGCACCGUCUGGCGGAGCCAAACGAGAGCCUUGAGGCCGGACGGGCUGUGGGCCCCUAUCCACCCGUGUUAAGACGUUCUUACGGGCGACGCCCCGGCCGCCCCCCUCGGCUCAAGCAUGGCAACCCGAACCCCUUUGGCACCCCGCCGCCCCAGCAACCCCACGGGCAAUGUCCCAUCUGCAUGGAACCCGUCCUCACCCCUUGCCCCACCCGCCACCAACCCACGUUUUGGCCUGGCUGCGGACACGCGUACCACCUCUCCUGCAUAGCGCGCACGCGCGCCCGCGUCCACCCCUCCACGUGCGCGCUCUGCCGGGCCCCAUGGGUCCCUGCCCAAGAUCCCGCUCUGUCCGCGGCCUGCAACGAUCUUGGCAUCAACCCGUACCAAGAUUCGGAAAGCGACUGCCCCCGGCCAGGGUCCCCACCACCCCCCCCACCUUCCACAGGCUCCAUCCCCCCCUGCCCCCGUGGCAAUGCCAGCGCCCUACGCGCCUCCGAGCCAGUGCGCCCGCCACCUCAGUGGCAUCACCAAGGGCCACCCCACCAGCCAGUGCGAGCAACAGCCACCUCCUGUGCCGCCUCCCCAGCCGAGCGCAGCCCUCCGCUCCCGGCAGCUCAACCAUGGCAUCACGCCGGGCCGCCCCAGCAACCCAUCCUGGCAGGCGCCAACAGCUGGCUCUACGUUCCACUGCUCCACGCGUCCACUGGCGACCUCGCAGCGGACACGCUCGCCGCCUGGCGCGCAGCGCCACAAGCCAUGCCUUGGUGGGACGAAGCGCGCGCCACCCUGGCCGCCGCGCCUCCACAGUCCCCUGAACUGCUCAUCGAGGCAUUGCGCCAGCACCCAGCCCCUCACGGUGCCGCUGCUGCUGCCGCCCUCACUGCGGCCCGGGCCAGCCUGCCGCGCCCCACGCAAGUCCACCUUGGCUGGGCUUGCCGCCAACUGGCAGACCCCACCGGCUACAUCCCGGCAGCACCCCAAGAAGUCCUUCUUCAGAUUUACGGGGGCUUAGCGCUGGCGGCAGCGCUCGACCAACACUCCAACCGCUUCCGGGUCCCCCCUCUGGCCCCCGUCGCUGCCCCGCCACUGGCGCACCCGCGCCGAGCUCCCGCGGCGCCUUCCACUGGCGCCGUAGUGCCCGUGCCCGACUCCGAUGAGGAGCGCGCCUUCACCGGCGAAGGCCCCCCCAGCCCUACCCCCAGCACCAUAUCCGACGACAGGAGCCAACUCGACAGGCCAGAGCACACGCCCCCGCCCGCGGCUGCUAGCGCCAUCCCCGCACGAGCGUGGGCAUGGCUGGACUCCCUUGACCUCGCCGCAGAACUGCGGAGGCCGUGCGCUGUCACACGUUCCCCUCCAGCUUUCCUGCGCGCCCACCUCAGCCGCGCCUUCCUGGUGCCCAUGCGCAUCCUUACCCAAAGCCGGGCCACGCAGCUCCAACAACAGCGUGCCUGGACCUUGUUCCUGCUCAUCCCCCGGCUACUGCUCCACCGCAGCCCGGACCGUGGCGCGGAGGGUCGGGCGGCGCUUCUGCAACGUGCCGCCCACUUCCAAGCGGGUGCAUGGGAAAAUCUUUACGGCGCCAUCCCUCCGGCUGCCCCCCGGCCGGCGUCCCCGGCUCCUGUCAACCCACAAACCCGCCGUCAUGCCCAAGCCUGUGCGCAAGUGCGCCAAGGCAACCUAUCCCGCGCCAGGCAUACUCUCACCCACCCAGCGUUGGCGCCGGGCACUCCCGCCACGUUGGCCGCCCUUAGGGAUCCCGAUCGCCGCCCCCCUCAACUCCGACGACCAAUCCCGGACCACUUGACACGACCGCUGCCAGCCACGCCUCUCCGCCUCACCCCGGCAGAGAUUGGCGACGCGCUGCGCACUGCGAAGCGUGGCGCCGCGCCUGGGCUUUCCGGCAGCACCAUGGAUCACUACAAAGUCCUCCUCGAGGACGAGGAAGCGAUCGCCCACCUCACAGCAAUGGUCAAUAAAUUGGCGAACGCCGAUGUGCCCCCUCCCGCGCAGCGUGGGUUUGUCGCGUUGGGGGUGCCGAUCGGCCACCCGGCGUUCAUCGCCUGCCACUUGCAAGCCCGUCUGGCCGCGGAAGCCGAGCUCCUCGAGGAGCUCCCGCGCCUCCCCGACCUGCAAGCGGCCUGGCUCCUCCUCCUGUUCUGCGCCGCACCACGCGCACAACACAUCCUCCGUACUGUCCCCCCCUCCCAGUGCUUCGAAUACUCCACGGGGCAUGACGCGGCCAUCUGGGACACCCUUCUGGCCUUGCUUGGGGAACAACGGCCAUGCCCCCAUUUGGCAGAAGCACGCCGCUUGGCGUUCCUGCCUGGCAGACUUGGUGGCCUCGGCCUUACCAGCGCGGAGCUUUUAUCCCCCGCUGCGUAUUGGGCCGGAUGGACAGACGCGCUGGGCACCCUGCGCCCCCGCGUCCCGGACAUCGUCGCCGCCUGCGGCCGGGAGCUGCUCCAAGAGGGCGACCCGCAUGCGCCCUGCAUCCGAGAACUCGUCGCGGCUGCCGCCCGCCUCGAUGCAGCCGGCUGGGCCACCAGGCCAGCUUGGGCCCAACUCCUAAAUCCGAGCCGAGCCUAUGGCGCCACGGCUGGCAACACCCCGCAGCUCUCGCUGUCACUACAUCCUUCCGAGAGCAAGAGGUGUUUCCCGCCCAUGACACCGGCGACUCGUGCUUUGGUUCGCUCCCAAUCCGGCCCGGCUGCCGGGGCUUGGCUCACCGCCAUCCCGACGGAGCCAGCUACCACACUGGCACCCCACCUCAUGGCCAUCGCCCUCCGGCGCCGCCUCCGGCUCCCCCUGCCGCUCACAACAGCCAGGUGUGGACAAGUGCCAAAUACUCACGGCUGUGGCCGCCUCGUCGAUCCGUUGGGCGACCACCUGGCCGCCUGCCCUCGAACCGGCGCUCUAGCUCGCCGCGGACACCUCAUGGAGCAGGCUUGGAUCAAAAUUUGCCGUGAAGCAGUUGGGCCAGAGGGCCGCGUGGUCCCCCAACAAUGGCUCAACAGAACCACGGCGCCAGGCGUUCCUCCCGAGGACCGGCGCCGGCUCGAUCUCGUGGUCCACGGGGCCACCGCCUUGGGCGUGGCUCUAUGCUGCGAUGUGACAGUCGUCUCGCCCCUCACCAGCACAGGGCGACCUCUCCCCCGCGCGGCAACCCACGACGGGACCGCCUUGCAGCUGGCACGAGCCCGCAAGCACCGUCGGUACCCAGAGCUGCUCCGCGCCGGAGGCCACCGCUUCCUCGUGCUCGGCGCCGAACUCGGCGGCCGCUGGGACCAGGAGUGCCACGAUCUCGUGCGCACCCUCCUCGCUGUGCGAGCCCAGCGCGAACCUGCGGCCAUCCGGGCAGCCGCCAUUUCUGGCUGGCGCCGCCGCUGGUGGGCGGUCCUCGCCUGUGCGCUCCAGCGUGCAACAGCCAGCACGUUGCUGGGCGGGGUGUGGCUGGCUCCGGCUCAAACCACCGGCACCGCGCCCACUUUGGCAGCCGUGCUGGACUGGGCUGACCCUCCAGCCCUCAGCCGCUUGCCGCUGCGCUAG